AUGAAAACAAUAAAACGCCUCGACAUACAUAAAAGUUCUGGUCCUGACAAUAUUCCGCCAUUAUUUGUGAAACGUUGUGAUUGUGCUCUCACAAUACUUCUAAUGAUGUUAUUCAAUAACUCUUUGAGCAAAGGCGUAUUUCCAGUUGUGUGGAAGAGAGCAAGGAUAGUACCUAUUCACAAGAAAGGUGUAAUUGCCGAAUUAGAGGUGAGCGAAGACCAACGACAGACCAUUAAGAAUGCUAUCAGGGAGCAGUGCAAAAAGAACGGAGCUGAAAAUAAAGUGGAAGAAAUAGAGAAUGCUGGUAAGAACUUCGUGGAUUGCGUAAAAGGUCUUAUCGAUAUCGAAACAGUUAAACAGGAAAUAGAAGAAGCUAAACCUAAAGGAGCUCUCGAUGAAGUGUUUGGCAAAUAUUGUGCAAAAUCUCCACAAUUCAAAACAUGCAUCCACACAAUAGUUGACACAGUAGCGCCGUGCUUGGAAACUAAAAUCCAGGAACACGUUGAAACAAUCAAAAACGGCACCGAUCAACUAAUCGACUUUGUCUGUUUCAAGGAUGGCGACAGAAUCGCACUGUUCAUCGCUGAAGGUGGCCCAGAGUGCUUCCAGCAGAAGGCAAACGAUAUUAAAGCCUGUGGGGAGAAACUCAGAGAUAGUUUGCCUAACGUGGAGGCAGCGAAGAAGUUAAGCUUAACCGAGCGAUGUGGCAAAUUUGAUGAAUUGACGACGUGCAUCGUGAACGAGUUAGAGAAGUGCUCAAAUCCUACACCUGGAAAUAUGGCGGAGUCUUUGUUCCGGUUCGUGCGAAAUGGGACACCCUGCAAAACUGAGGCGCCGAAUCGCAGGGCUUUCAUCGACUCCCUCCAUAGGAAGUGCCCGAACCAAGUGGGGGCACUUACCCCAAUGAUAAUGUGA